AGAGCGAGCGAGGCCGAGGAGGAAGACGAGGGUUGUUGGUUGAAGUGCAAGCAGUAGUAGUAGCAGCAGCAAGAAUGGCGAGAUCGACGGGCGACGACGCUCAAGCUCUUCUCCACUCCCUCCGCUCCGCUUACGCCGCUACUCCCAAGAACCUCAAGAUCAUCGAUCUGUACGUGGCCUUCGCCGUCUUCACAGCCCUGAUCCAGGUUGUUUAUAUGGCUCUGGUUGGCUCUUUUCCUUUCAAUUCAUUCCUGUCUGGGGUCCUUUCUUGUAUUGGGACGGCUGUCCUGGCUGUUUGUCUGCGUAUCCAAGUGAACAAGGAGAACAAGGAGUUCAAGGAUUUACCACCUGAGCGUGCUUUCGCAGAUUUUGUUCUCUGCAAUUUGGUGCUUCACUUGGUGAUUAUGAAUUUCCUCGGUUAAAUUGGAGCCAGGGGUUUUGCAGGACGUACAUUGCUUGAGGAGCGAUCGAGUAGUAGUUAAAUAACUAGUUGCUGAUUCAUUUUGCUUUAAUGGACUGUGAGGUGCAAAGCUAGUGAUAUCUGCUGAAUUACAGACACUUUAAACUUGAGGAUUUUGUGGUGCGACUGGAGAGCUGAAAUUUGUGUUCUUGUUUAUGAGGUACACCAAGAAUAGAAUGAUUUUUCUUC